AUAAUUCAUUUCACCAACCUAAUUCUUCAAGGCUAGAAACAAAGAGAUAAAAGUAACCACUUUUUCAAGGCAUUAGGUAUAAUGUAUGUCAAACUGAAAUUAUGUGACAUCUCCUUUACAACUAUAUAUGCACCCCAUUACAAAAAUAUUAAGUGACCCACUCCAUUUCCUUUUCAAUGCAUUCUACUAUAUAAGAAAAUCAAAUCAAAGGCAUUCUUCACUCAAAAUUAAGAAUACCAACUCUCUAUCUUUUAGAUUCAUAAAAAAAAAAUGGGAAAAUUUUUGGGUGUAAUUGUUUUGUUCAUGUGUUGUGUUGUUCCAAGUUUGGCCAAAGUUUAUACUGUUGGAGACUCAUCUGGAUGGGGACUUGGUGUGGAUUAUACCACUUGGGCUAGUGGAACAACAUUGAAUGUUGGUGAUUCACUUGCUUUCAACUAUCCAAGUGGUCACUCGGUGGACGAAGUAAGUUCUAGUGACUAUGCUUCAUGCACUACCGGUAAUUCCAUAACGUCCGACAAUAGCGGCGCCACCACUAUCCCUCUCAAAACCGCCGGCACUCAUUACUUCAUUUGCGGCGUAAUGGGCCAUUGCAGCGGUGGCAUGAAGCUCGCCGUUACAGUAGCAGCAGCCGGAGGCGGUGGUGGUGCAGGUGGUGGUUCUACCACACCGUCACCGGACACCACCACACCAUCAACCGGCACCACCACACCAACAUCCGGCACCACCACCCCUACUACUGCACAUCCAUCUGCAUCAGUAAUUUUGUCACCAUUUAUUCCUUUGUUAAUUUCCGGUGUGGUUGCAAUAUUUAGUUAUUUUGUUACUAUUUAAUAAGCUUAGCCAGGAUAGAGGCAGUGCCAUGUUGUGACCAUUUUUUUCCCUUGUUACUUUGUUGAUUUUAUUUAUGUUUACUG